UCACUCUGCGUACAAGCUUAUAUAACAGACAUUGAUAAUCUCGUACGGCAAAUCACUCUUCCAUCUCUCUGUCUCUCUUGGAACUCCUUUAUAUAUUUAGAGGAUUGGCGUUUCUUUCCUCACUUUGCGUGCUCUAUCUCUCUUCAUCCUUCUCUUGAGUAGACACAAAUCCAUUUUCUCGAGUUUAAAGGAAGAGGGAUUGAUUGGAUCGUUGCAUGGAUGGAUCCUUCAAGUGGACAAAACCAGGAAAUGCCACUAGAAAACAUCAUAGUUUGCUCAAAACCCCAUCAAGACAAGAAGCCAAGACCUCAACCAGAGCAAGCUCUCAAGUGCCCAAGAUGUGAUUCCAUCAACACCAAAUUCUGCUACUACAACAACUACAGCCUUUCUCAGCCAAGGUACUUCUGCAAAUCAUGCAGAAGAUAUUGGACCAAAGGAGGCACACUGAGAAAUGUUCCAGUAGGUGGAGGCUGCAGGAAGAACAAAAGAUCAUCAUCAUCAUCAUCAUCAAAAAAGUUCCAAGAUCAUCAUCAAACCAACCCACUCACUAGCCUCCCAUCAUAUGACUCCAAUGACCUCAGCCUUGCCUUUGCUAGGCUCCAAAAGCAGUCUAAUGGGCAGCUAGGGUUUGAUGAUGAUCAUGAUCUGUCUAUUCUUGGAAACCCUAGCAUUCACAAUACUACUUCAGCUUCAACUUCUCCUUUUUUUGAUGCUUUAAGAAAUGGGAUUCUUGAUUCACAAAGCAAUAACUUGCAAAAUUUGUAUUAUGGGUAUGGAAAUGGGAACAUGGGUGAGGUGGCUAGUGGAGAAAUGAUGAUGAUGAUGCCUUAUGAAGAUAUGAGUGGUGCAGCCACACAAGCUGUGACAGUGACAACAAUGAAGCAAGAAUUCUGCAAUGGUAGAGAAGAAGAUGACAACAAGGUCCUGUGGGGAUUUCCAUGGCAGCUCAAUGGAAAUGGGAUUGGUGGAGGAGAUCUUGAUUCUGGAAGAGAAGCUUGGAAUGGACUUGGUUCAACUUGGCAUGGACUUGUUAAUAGUCCCCUAAUGUAGUAAACCCAAAUAGUUAAUUUCACUAAUGAGCUAGCCUUAUAAAAAAAAUAUAUAAAUUAUUAUUUAGUCUGUUGGUAUGAAAAAAACUCGUUUUUGGUUUUAUAGUAAUGAAUUUAGAAAUUUGUUUGGU